AUGGAGGAGCUCCAAAACCAGCGCAGUAGAUCCUCCUAUGCAGCUGCUGGUACCGACCUACAUGAUGUGAAUGUGAGAACCAUAAACAACAACUUGUGGGUAGGGAGGAGCAAGAACUACAACAACCCUCCUCCAUCUAAUUAUUACGACCCAUCCCGAUACCGUUGCGUAAAGACGGUUAGAAGAUCCUCAGACACAUGGUGGUGGAAUGAUCCUGAUAGGAAGAGGAAGCGCAGAGUCGCCAAAUACAAGCUCUAUGCGGCAGAAGUGUUAAAUAUGGCAAAGAACCUCUGGAGUGAGUGGGUUGAGGUUGCGGCUAAGAAGAGUAGUCGUGAUUCAGGUUGGGAAGCUAGUGGAUCAGUGUGUGAGGUUGGUUGGUCUCCACCGGCAGAAGGGUCACUCAAGAUAAAUAUUGACUAA